CUCAGCAGGCGGGGAAGAUGAAAGGUAGCCGGAUCGAGCUGGGAGAUGUGACACCACACAAUAUUAAACAGUUGAAGAGAUUAAACCAGGUCAUCUCUCCAGUCAGCUACAAUGACAAGUUCUACAAGGAUGUGCUGGAGGUUGGCGAGCUAGCAAAACUUGCCUAUUUCAAUGAUAUUGCAGUAGGUGCAGUAUGCUGUAGGGUGGAUCAUUCACAGAAUCCGAAGAGACUUUACAUAAUGACAGGAUGUCUGGCACCAUACCGAAGGCUAGGAAUAGGAACUAAAAUGUUAAAUCAUGUCUUAAACAUCUGUGAAAAAGAUGGCACUUUUGACAACAUCUAUCUGCAUGUCCAGAUCAGCAAUGAGUCGGCAACUGACUUCUACAGGAAGUUUGGCUUUGAGAUUAUUGAGACAAAGAAGAACUACUAUAAGACGAUAGAGCCAGCAGAUGCUCAUGUGUUGCAGAAAAACCUCAAAGUCCCUUCUGGCCAGAAUGCAGAUGUGCAAAAGACAGACAACUGA